GGCAAAGGAGCGGUUAUUCCAGCUUUGGCAGAGGUCUGGGCCUGAACGUGGAAAAUGCUGCUGGCGCCCCAGGAAAGGUCCUCCUCGAGGAAGAGGACUGGGCUGAACCGCUGGAAACGGUUUACAAGGAAGCCAAGUCCUAAGCCUUCUUUUGACCCUGACAACGUGGAGCACUGGAUUAAGAGAGUGGAGAAAGCCUCAGAAUUUGCAGUUUCUGCUGGAAAUUCACACUUAUCCGGAAAGCUUUGGGACCAAAUCAUAGAUUUGGAAGCAUCUGAGCAAAUAGAGGAUCAUGAUGAAGUCUAUGCGGAAGCUCAGGAGCUGGUCAAUGACUGGCUAGACACCAAACUUAAGCAAGAACUAGCAAGUGAUGGGGAAGGUGAUGCUGAAGACACUGUGUCGAGAAUCCCUCCUGUGCCAGCAGCCAGUGGUCAUUUGAAAUAUGCCAAGUUUGAUGAUUUAUGUGGCUAUUUGGAGGAAGAAGAAGAAAGUACCACCGUUCAAAAAUUUAUAGACCAUCUGCUCCGUAAAGAUGUGGUGGAUUCUGGGAUGCUGGAAGAUCUUGGAAUGAAUGGAAACCAAGACAAGACGCAGCAGAAGGAUCCUCGUCUUACCAUGGAGAUGAGACAUAAGCAGGUAAAAGAAAAUCGCUUAAGACGUGAGAAAGAACUGGAGCGCCAGAGAAUUGAAAAGACCCUGAAAAAAUCAGUCUUCUUAGAGGCUCAGUAUCUGGUGCAAGAAGAGAAGAAAAGGAAGGCUCUGGAGGCCAAGAAAGAGGAGGAGGAGAUUCAAAGGGAGAUGGUAAAGCUGCGGAGGGAGAUCAUCGAGAGGAGACGCACUGUGGAAGAAGCAUGGAGAAUAGAGAAGAAAAAGCAAGAAGAAAAUUCUCCAAAAAAUCAAGAAAAAGGCAUGUUUCAAAGUGUUCAUAUUCUAGGUGAGGAAAAAAUGGCAAAGGAAAGAAAGAAGAAGCUGAGAGAGUUAUUAAUCCAAACUUUCAAGGAAGAUCACCAGUGUCAAAAACGGUAUUUCUCUGCCUGGCACAAGCUGAUUCUUGAUCAUAGGAUUAAGCUGGGGAAAGCUGGGACCCUGUCCGACUGGAAGUUUCAGCUAAAGGUCCUGCGGGCCUGGAGAGACUACACAAGAUCCCAGAAGUUGGAGCGGGAGACACAAGCCAUGGAAAAUGACCUUAGGGAAGAAAACAGUGCUUUGUUGCUUAGAAAACAACAACUGGCCUCUGAAUAUAACCGGAAACAAGUUCUCCGACACCACUUUGCAGAUUGGCGGCACUGGCAUCGUACGGAGAUCCUAAAGAGAGAGCUGGCUCUGUCAAAGGAGGAGAUGAGGAAGAAAAUGGAUGAGCUGCUGGAGGCAGCAUCGCUAGGGAAACUCAAUGCAAACAGGCCAUCGGGCGUCGGUCUCCCUGAGGAGGCAACAGCCGUGGUGGUUCCACCUGUAGGAAAUGGAGAGGUGACUGCUGUGCCUGCUUUGUGGGAAAAGCUUCCCUCAGGGAGCCAUGGUUUUAUGCCCAGCCCCCACCUAGGAAAACCAACGAAGAGCAGCUUGCAGGUUCCCCUCCAGAAUGUCCCUCUGAACACAUCUGACAAUAAGCAGCACAAGACCUCGGAGGGUGAACCCUCCCAACACCCUGACAGCAACAAGAAGCUCAGAACUACCAGCCAGAAAGCAGAACCCAUUUGCAUGGGUCAUUUCCACAACCGUCAUGUCUUCCAGCAGCAGCUGAUUGAAAGGCAAAAGAGGAAACUUCAGGAACAGCAGAAAACAAUUCGGGAGCUGAAGGAAAACCAGCGGCUGGCAGAGGCUCGGUGGACAGCAGAGCGUGCCACAGCAGUCAGAGACACCCGGAGCUGCCAGCUCUCAAACCCCAGAGAAGAAGAACCAAAAGGAAGCUGCCAGGUGCUUCCAAAUUCGCCUCUUGCUUCCCCUGGGACUCAAGGUAGUAGAAGUGACGCCCGAAAGUCUCUUUCUGGACCCAGAAGGAACCCAAGGCAGCUGAUGGCACCUCAUCCCAUACUGAAAGCCAUGGAAGAGAGAGCAGCUCUGCGAGCUGAACGUAGGCGGAUCUUGACAGAGAGGAAGCAAAAACAAGAAGAGGAGAAAUUGGCCCAGUUAAAGGCCCAAGAGGAGGAGCGUCAGAAGAGGGAGGCAGAAGAAAAGGAGGCUCAGCUUGAGAAAAGACGAGAAGAGAAGAGACUGCAGAAAAUGAAGGAACUAGAGAAGCAGAAGAGAAUUAAGAGGAACCAGCAGCUGGAAGCAAUAGCCAAAAAACAUUAUGAAAGAGUCUUACUAAGGAAAAAAGGUCUGGAGCCUUGGAAAAGGUUGAGAAUGCAAAGCAAACAAAACAUCCAGAUGGCUGAAGAACAUCACUCUUUGGCCCUGCAGAGGAAAUGCCUGCUCACCUGGCUCCAGUGUAGUCGGGAAAGCCUGGCUAGGAAGACGGCCCAGGCGGAUCAAUUUUAUUCCCAGACAUUGCUCAGGAGAGUCAUCCGGAGCUGGCUACAGUACGUGACUGAUCUGGAGGAAGAAGUACGAAAACUGUGUGUACGUUUUCUUCAGAAGAAGAUUUUCGGGGCCUGGUGUCAGCUGGUCAGGGAGGCCAGGCUGGAAGCAGAGAGCAAGCACCAAGUGGCGGUGCAGCACAGUGACAGGAGGAUUCUCUGGCUCACAUUUCAGACGUGGAAGAAGUUUGCAAAAUUUAUGAAGGAGGAAAGAGUAAAAGAAGAAAGACGUGAGCAACUCCGGAGGAAGGUCGCUGAAAUCCUUCCAGACUUCCAGGUGCUCGCCCCACCGUGACUCAGUCGUACGAGCAGACACUAGCCUUUGUGAAAGAGGAGUCCUGGGUGCAGUCAGCAUGGCCCAGUGCAGUGUCUACAGUGGGGCUCUCGAUUGGUCCAUCCUAUGUGUGUCACCUCCACCCACCUUAGGUGCACAUCCCUGGUUCAUGUUCUGUCAGAUACUUCUCAGAUCAAAGGAAUUAUUCAGGGAAUUUGUACUUCCUUCUUUGAUUUCUCUUGGAUUGCUAAUCAGUUCACUCAAUCAUUUAUCACAGCAGGAUCAUCAGGAGGAACAGUCUAGAGCUCUGCUGUUCCAAUGUAUCUUAGGUAUUUUUAGCCUUGUAAACUUUAAGAAAGACAAGUGUUUGCUUGCCUGAGCCUGUAAAGGAAAAUGUGUCCUUGCAGCUUAAUGUACAUUGUUGACAAAUGUAACUUUAAUAGAAAUCAAAAGUAGUCACUACUUAGAAAAGGAGUCCUAAGUGGUCAGUCUUCUAGAACCUUAGCAUCAGCAACAGGCAUUCUGCCAGACCCCGCCCUGUGCCCGCUCCCAACGGAAGGCCGUGUAUCAAAAGCUACAGUACGCAGCUGCUGGAGGGCAGCAUGGCCUGAGUGCAGAGACACUGGGGCAGCAGACAGUCCUCCCCAGUGCACCUCGACAGGCGUGAGGGGAUUCCAGAAGCUAAGGACCCUGCCAAAAGCAGUCCAGCAGUUCGUUAGAAUGUCUGCACAUGCUCCCAAUCGCAGCUUCCAAAUGACAGACUCGACCUGUCUUCUGGUCCUCGGCUCAGUUUGAUCUACACAUUGAGAUACCAUCCAGAAUUCAAAGAAUGCUUGAAUCUUUAAGGUGUUAAAGACUGACAGAAUGCUCCCUUCUGUGAAUUGGCUCAGAGAAUUAGCUGCUAGGAAAAAAAAAUUUCAGUACAAAAUACAUGUUUAUUACAAAUUCAGGCAGUCGAUGAGUGUGCGCCCAGUAAAACGAGGAAGGCCCUUGCGGCCCUGAGGUAACUGCUAUUAUCUGGUAAGUUGAACAUUUGAGUUGGUAAA